AUGUCUUUUGUGUCUAAAAGACUGCUGCAAUCAAGGCCAAUCAAGUUUGCACUGGGGACAUGCCUGCUAGGCGGUGGUGUUUAUGCCUACGAUUCUCGAACAGAAGCGCAACUGAUGACAAGAAAUGUCAGAACAUUUUACAAUGGUGUUGCAUUAGCCGUUGAUUACAAACUCAAUUUCAAGCCAGGACACUCACCAGAAGACGGCCUCCACAUUGAGCAGCUGCAUCAGAGAGUGGCAAAUCGCAUCUUUGACGUUUUUGAAAAGAAUGGUGGGCUCUACAUCAAAAUGGGCCAGGUCAUCGGGACACAGGCAGCAGUUUUACCAGUUGCCUAUCAAAUCAGAGCAAGGCGUCUGUUUGAUUCUGCUCCCGCUGUUUCGUUCGAAUCUGUGGAACGCGUGUUUAAGGAAGACUUUAAUGGGAAGCAUCCAAGCCAAGUGUUUGCUGAAUUCGACAUAACGCCGAUUGCAUCAGCAUCGAUCGCUCAAGUGCAUAAAGCAAGAUUGAAAAAUGGAGACAUCGUCGCUGUUAAAAUUCAGAAACCUGCGAUCCGAAAGCAAAUGGAUUGGGAUCUACGGGCUUUCCGUAUUCUGCUGCAGGUCUAUGAACGCAUUUUUGAUCUGCCUCUGUCAUGGUCGAGUGAGUACAUUGAGGAGCAUAUGAGGAUGGAGGCCGAUUUUGAGAUUGAAGCUGGCAAUGCGAAAAAGGCCUGGAAGCAUCUGCAAGAGGAGAAAUCAUUGAAAGAUCGGGUUUACGUCCCCAAAGUGUAUGAUGAGUAUUCCUCAAGAAGAGUGCUAGUAUGCGAAUGGGUGGAUGGCACGCAAUUGACGAAUGUAGACGUUUUGACAAAGAAGGGUAUCGAUCAUGUGGAUGCAAUGAAAACUGCGAUUGAGGCAUUCUCUAGUCAGAUCUUUCGCAGUGGAUUUGUGCAUGGUGAUCCACACCCAGGAAAUGUUCUAGUGAGAAAGCAUCCACACAAAAAGAACCAAGACCAAGUCGUUUUAAUUGAUCAUGGUUUGUAUAUCCAGGAGAGUGAAAAAUUCCGCCUGGAAUACUGUCAACUAUGGGAGGCGUUGUUUAUGCUGGAUAUACCAAAGAUGACUGAGAUCUGUAAAGAAUGGGGCAUCCAUGAUGCUACCAUGUUUGCUACCAUCACGUUACAGAGACCAUUUUCAGGCAAAAAGGCAGUGCAUAUAGAUCAACAAGUGAAUGUCAAGGACAUGUACGAACUGCAAGCCAACAUGAAGGAACGCAUCAAGGAUUUCUUACAGGAUCAAGCUCUGUUUCCCAGGGAACUGAUCUUUAUCUCGAGAAACAUGAACAUUGUGAGAGCAAACAACAAGGCUGUUGGAAGUCCCAUCAAUCGCAUCAAUCUCAUGGCUCGCUGGGCUGUACUUGGUCUCUCCCGAGAUAAGGGUACAUGGCUUAGCUGGAGAUCUGUUGUAUUUGAAUGCACUCUUCUUUUGAUGAGCCUCAGUUUUUGGCUGCUUCGAUUCCGAGAUGCCACUAACAAACGCAUCUUUGGAACCAAGGCAAGGGGAUUAGAAGAAAUUUUGGACGAAAGAAUGAAAGAUCAGAUGUUCAAGCAGUUUGGAAUCAAGGUGGAUCCCUCUGUAUUUGAUGGCUAA